AUGGACAAGAAUGGAUUUGUGAAAGAGGCAUCGGCCUACUCCUCAAUUGAUAAAACAUAUGAGUUCUUGAGCAUGAAAAAGAGUGGGGACCAUAAUCCGGAAUGGGCCAAAGAAGAAGAAGAAGUACUUGAUCAGCUUUACAAAGGCUGGCUCCACUAUUGGAAUAAAGAGUCCAUCAACGAUGCUGUAAACGGAAUGGCGGGGGCACGACGGUUCUAUGACUUCCCUGAGAUGCUCAGCUACGACAUGUUUGGAAACACUCCCCGUGGAAAUUUCAACGAGCAUUUCGAUGCCAUCUUUCCUUACUGGGGCGAUGGGCAGAUGGAUUUCAAGGACAUUGAGAUCACAGCUUUGUCCAAGGACUCAGCAUACUCGACUAUGAUACAGCAUACGUGGGGUACUGCUGGUGGAACACCCUUUGACACCGCUUUCCGUAGGACAGGUAUUGCGAAGAAGAAGGAUGGCAAAUGGAAGUGGAUACAUGAACAUUUGUCUUACCCUGCGGAUAUGAAGACGGGGAAAGCAGACUUUACGGCUUCACUUGAUCCUCAGAAAGCAUUUAAGCUCCAGUAA